CCUUUGUUGUGCGCCGGGUGACGUCAGCGCGGGGAGAGAGAGAGAGAGACACAGCACAGCACACACAGACAGACAAAGACGGCGGACCGGGAGAACGCGCUAUUAACCCUCUCUAGCGUUCCAAGCGUGAAAACAACCGGUGAAACAAUGAUCAGACCGCGCGCGUGAGCGGUGCCGAGGCGGGACGCGUGAUUCCAACGCGCGCCGGAGUUUGAUUUUGACCGCGAAUGCUUUUAAAACGAGUCUUUACCUUCAACGCCCCCAAACACUUAGCAGCUCCGCUAGCGGCUAGCCGUCAUCACAUCUCCCUCAUCCGCCAGAAAACAGCAGACACGAGCGGCGCGGGAACACGUGAGGUGAGGAAGCGCGCUCGGUUCGGUGUCUGAUGCGCACGCGGGGACGACUAUGCCUAGCCCGUUGUUUCACCCUGACAUCAUGGAUCACGAGAUGGUUGUGAGCAGCACCGGACCGUCCGGCGGGGUCACCGAGCACGAGCCCCGGGGCGAGGACCGUCAGGAGGCGCUGCGCUUCGCUCUGGAUCAGCUGUCACUCAUAACGAUGGACGAGGUCGACUGUCUGGACGGGACCGCGCCCGGUGAGAACUGUAACGGAGGAGGAGGAUACGUCGACCUGCAGAUCCUCGAUCACACCAACGGCUCCCGGGAAUCACCCGACUCCUGCUCGCCUUCUCCGGAGUACUACGGCUCGGGAGGCGGCGGCGGAUAUCACAUGGCCGGCCCGCACUCCUCCAUCCUCGGGGAACAAAGCUCGGUGCUCCGCAAGAGGAGCGUCAACAUGACCGAGUGCGUCCCGGUGCCCACGUCAGAGCAUGUGGCCGAGAUCGUCGGCAGACAAGGUUGCAAGAUCAAAGCUUUGCGUGCGAAAACAAACACCUACAUCAAAACCCCCGUGAGAGGAGAAGAACCCGUGUUCAUCGUGACGGGCCGCCGCGAGGAUGUGGAAAUGGCCAAACGCGAGAUCAUCUCAGCAGCCGAGCAUUUCUCCAUGAUACGCGCCUCGCGUUGCAAAGCCGGCGCAAACGGCCCCGGAUCGAGCGGCUCGCUUCCCGGACCUCCCAACCUCCCGGGACAGACCACCAUCCAGGUCCGCGUUCCCUACCGUGUCGUGGGUCUAGUGGUGGGACCCAAAGGAGCCACGAUCAAACGCAUCCAGCAGCAGACGCACACCUACAUCGUGACACCGAGCCGCGAGAAAGACCCCGUGUUCGAGGUCACAGGAAUGCCAGAGAACGUCGACCGCGCACGAGAAGAAAUCGAAACGCACAUCACGCUGCGCACCGGCGCCUUCGUCGACCUCCAAACCGAAAAUGACUUUCACAACAACGGGACGGAUGUGAGUUUAGAGGGUCUCGGGUCUCUCGGUUUAAGCGGCGCGCUGUGGUCGCGUGCGACUCAUUCAGCACCUCCGUCGCAGAAGCACCAUUCGACACGCAAGAUGUCUUCCGAAUCGUUCUCGGCGACUCGACGGGUGGCAGACGGCAGCGGGAGCCCCACGAGCCCCUUUAGCACUAGCAGUGCCGGCGGGAGCUUCUCCUUCACAGGCGAUUCGACUCCGAGCUUGCCUGCGACGUCGGAAGAUUUGGGUUUUGAAUUUGGCGCUGCGAAUAUAUGGGCGCCGUUUCUAAAUGGUGCGAAGCAGCAGCCAGCGCCACUGCAGACGGUCCGUCGCAACAGCAGCGGUCUCAGUGGCGGAGCCAUAACCCCACGCCUCUCGCCCGACCCAGAUCACCCGCUCGCCCGCCGGGCCCAAAGCGACCCUCUCAGUGCACUCUCCUGGCUCCAGACGGCCGCCGGCGGCAGCAGCAGCGCUGGAAGCAGCACCGGAUACUCUUCCUGCUCGGCGUCGUCGCUCCCGGGUGGCUCGCCAACUGAUUCAGAAGGCGGCGGAAGCGGAGGUGGAAUCGCAUCCACUAUGUUAGGACGCCUCAAAGCGGGUGGCCUGGCAGGGAUGGUGUCGCGGGACUGUUUUGUGUGCUGCGAGAGCGAGGUGACCGCUGCACUCGUCCCAUGCGGCCACAACCUCUUCUGCAUGGAUUGCGCCGGGCAGAUUUGCCAGUCGCAGGAUCCCGAGUGUCCCGUUUGCCACACUCCUGCCACGCAGUGCAUCCGCAUCUUCUCUUAAACGAAGACUGCCUUGAGUAAUUAUUAGAAAUGACACUAUUCUGAUUUAUUGACAGUAAUAAUAAUAAUAAUAACAAUAACAACAGUGACUGUAUUACACACUCAAGUACUUGUAAGACUGCGUCUUAUCUUCAGCCAUUCAUAUUCGGUGGGUUAUUCUUCCAUCAUGCUUCCGACUUUUUCUACUCAACUUUUACGCUGCACUUUUUUCUAAUGGUUUUUUCGUGUUGCCGAUGCAGUCAUUUUUUUAAAUUAUUUUUUUUGUUUAGUUUUUUAUGCGAAAGCUGCGCUCAUUUAGACCAAAACAUGAGAUACUUCUGUUUUAUUAUCGAACACAUAAUAUUUAUACGAAUCGAUAUGCGACGAUUCUAGUGGAUGUAGGAUCUGAAAUAGCUAGAAUAGUCCAUGUUAUGAAUAUCAUUACCGUGAAUUUUCUCGUUUGCCACACUACCUUAAAACAUUCACGUGUCGGUUCAUUCCUGCACUCCAGAAACAGGGUUGCUAGUAUUUACAGAGGAGCUUUUAUCUGUUACGAUUUUUUAAAUCAAAUCGCAUACUGAAUAAUCUUUCGAAUGUUUAGUCGUGAUUGUGUGCGAGAGCGACUGUGACACAGAAAUGUAUUUAACUGGAGUUUGCAUCUGUCUUCCGGCCCUUUCGUUUACGAUCGCACUUAGCUCCCCAUCCGCUGCCUACGAAUGAAUCUGUAGCCCCGCCCAACGGUUUUUACGCGGCAAGCCAUGCUUUCACACUCUAAAGGGCUUCUGGUUCCACACUACACUUCAGGUCGUCCUAAUAAACAGGAUGCUAGUCCGCGUGGCAGCUAAAUCACCAGGGCUUCCGUACGAUUUAGCACAAGCCGUUUUUUCCUCGAACGUGAGGGACUCUGACGUCUUAACGAGCGAGAAUGUGUUUUGGUUUGUACAGGUUUCUUUCUCUAGACACUCGUUUAGACCUUUCUUUGGCGUGUCGAAAAUUAAACGUGGCAAGAUUCGAGCGCUAACGGUGCCUUGGUGGUGAAACUCACGGCCGGGAACGAAGAUUGUGAUGUAAACUCUCUCCGCUCUUCCAGUUUUAGUGAUUUGUACGGAGAGCCGUGUCGAAUCUGAGCCGCUCGUUUUCUUCUUUUCAUCCCCAGACUUCGUUAAAAGCAGCGUUUAGUUAGUGUAACAGGCUGAAAGGUACAAGAAGCUAGUAGUUUUUUCGGUUGUGUGUAUGUGAAAUGUUUUGGUUGUGGCGAUGAAGGUCAUGUGAGUAGUGAAGAGUCGGAUUGAAGUCGAACGGUUUUCUUUUCUUUUUCUUUCCUCAAACAGGGUUUGCUGAGGACGAUCUCAGGCGGUUUUGCAUUAGAACGACGUCAGACGCUGUUUUCCCAUGAUGCAUUUGUGCCCUAAACUCGCUCUGCUUUUACUUCCGCUUUAAUUCCUUUCUUACGCAGAACCAAAAGCAAUUUCAAUAACCGAAUUUCAGGCCUAAUUGUAAAUAUCCUCAAUACAAUCAUUGCAAUUAGUUUUCAAACGUAUGACGUAAAAGGUUAAUGUAGUUUUUAAAACGCGUAUCGUUAUUUGUAAGUUAAACUCUCUGCAUGUCUUGAAGCCGCGAGGCAUUAGCUAAUAAUUUUCUAAAAAGGAAAACACACAAAAAAAACUUUUUUACACAUUUUAUUUUUACAAUUUCUUUGCUUAUCUUGACAAAUAUCCCAGAUUAUAAUGUGACCCUUUUAUUACAGCAAAUUUAUCUUUAUUUUCCAUAUUUCUGUUUCCUGUGUACAACAUAUAGGCAAUUUAUAACAAAAUGAGAAAAAAUUAUUGAAGAAAAUUUAAAAUUGAAAUAUAUUUUAUUUGAAAGUUUAUGGACCUUUUAACCGUGAGCUGGAACAAUUGUAUACACGUAUAAUUUGAGCUGACUUGACGGUUAUAAGAAAUGUAUCAAGAGUUUUAUUUUUUAUGCUUCUUUAAUAAAAUCUUGUUUUGGUUUUUGUUUUUGUACUGUAAAACAAUAAA